AUGACAAGCGUGGCACCUAUUACUUCAAAUCUUCAAUUUAGACAUAAGCUGGUUAAAGAUGAAAAAACAUUUUAUAACAUAAAGAGUAAAAAAUUUGAAAGUGAUGUCUCAGAAGAUAGUUCAGAAGAAGAACAAGUAAUUGAGUAUGUUGAUGAAGGUGGAGUGUUUAUUCAAGAAAGCCCCAAAGGAGAAAAAUCGUUCAUGAAAAAGCAUGAAAUACCCAGAAAAGCAUUCCAUUCCUUCACAGGAUUUUUUACACUUUGGCUAUAUGUAAAUGGAUAUAAUCAACGCCAGUUAGUACAACCAAUGUCUUUAAUGGCUAUUACAUGUUUUAUGCAAGAUUUCAUAAGAUUUAGGGUGCCUAGUGUAAACAAUAAGUUAAUUAAAUUAUACUCGUCAAUGAUGAGAGAAAGCGAACAAAACAGUUACAAUGGAAUUCUUUUCUUUUUAAUUGGCAUAAUAAUAACUUCUUCAUUAUUACCUAAAGAUAUAUGCUUGAUGUGUAAUUUAUUAUUGAGUUGGGGAGAUACUUCAGCUUCCCUCAUAGGUAGAGAGUUUGGAAAAUAUACUCCAAAAUUGAGUGCUAAUAAAUCAUUAGCAGGAAGUAUGGCAAGCUUUGCAACAGGAGUAAGUUGCUGCUAUUUGAUGUAUGGUCAUAUGAUUCCCAAAUAUCAUUAUUUAGUCGAUUUACCAAAUGAUAUUAUGUGGAGUCCUCAAACAUCUACUUUAAAUAUCCAUUGUUUCGCAAUUGCUUGUGGUUUGAUUUCUAGUAUUUCAGAAUUUAUUGAUUUAUGGGGUAUGGAUGAUAACUUUACAAUUCCUGUAUUAAGUGGAAGCUUCCUAUAUACCUUGGUUCACGCAUUCAAAAUCCAAACUUGA